UCCGCCUCUCCACCCAGCUUGUCCAGUCCAGCAGCAGCGGCAGCAGCGGCUCAGUGCGCCGGGGAGCGUCAGGGAGCAAGACACGCUGGAUCACACGGUCCCUCCUCGGCUUCAGAGGAAACCCAGAGCUCCUUGGACUGACUGAUCCCGUGGAACCGAAAACAGCGGGACAAAGUCUGGGUAAAAUCUAGGAGGACAGUAUCCGGUGGUGGACAGGAGGGGGGGGAGAGAUGCUGCUCCAGCCCGACACGGUGCACCUUGCAGUCCGCCUCCGAGGCUGGUGAUGCCCGCCGCGGUGCGGGGAUCCCCACCCAGCAGCGGCAGCAGCGGCAGCGGCAGGAGGUCGGAACAACAAGGCGUUGGGGAGAUGAUGGUGGUUCGGUCGGGAUCAUGGCUAACGGAACCGGCUCUAUCAUGCUGAAAUGUGUCGUGGUUGGAGACGGUGCAGUGGGUAAAACGUGUCUCCUGAUGAGCUAUGCCAACGACGCCUUUCCAGAGGAGUAUGUGCCCACGGUGUUUGAUCAUUAUGCAGUGAGUGUCAACGUCGGAGGGAAGCAGUACUUGUUGGGACUGUAUGACACAGCUGGUCAGGAGGAUUAUGACCGCCUGAGGCCCCUGUCCUAUCCGAUGACCGAUGUCUUCCUUAUAUGCUUCUCCGUUGUCAACCCGGCCAGUUUCCAAAACGUCCGUGAGGAAUGGGUGCCGGAGCUGCAGGAGUAUGCACCCAGUGUUCCUUAUCUGCUCAUUGGCACACAGAUUGACCUUCGUGAUGACCCUAAGACCAUUGCAAAACUGAAUGACAUGAAGGAGAAGCCAGUCGCCACCGAGCAAGGACAGAAACUGGCCAAGGAGGAGUGGACGUCCCAGCAAAUUCACUCCAAAAUUGGGGCUUGUUGCUAUGUGGAGUGUUCUGCGCUGACCCAGAAGGGCCUGAAGACGGUGUUUGACGAGGCCAUCAUCGCCAUUCUUGCUCCAAAGAGGAAGAAAGGAUCCCUGAAGAGACGUCUGGGGCACCGCUGCAUCAACUGCUGCCUGAUCACGUGAUGUGGCAGCCCUGGGACCCUUUAGUAAAAGACCACAAACCAAACAUGGACUAUAGGCAAAGGAAAAAUGCGAAGUAAAAAACUGGGAGGACUGAUGGACAAAACAAGAGCAAACUAUAAGAUACAAGACUCUUGAAAUACCAUAACUCUCUCCUGCUGUUCAAAACUGGAGCUGAGAAUGCAGUUUUUACCAAAGGAGCUCAAAGCCCAGUCAUUCUCUUCUUCUACAAGACUUUUGCCUCAAAAGUACCUUCUUUUAUAACCAUUUUAAUCAUGUUUGGUUUGUUUCUGUCACUGUUUGCUAUCAUAUGAAAACAUGGAAGACAAAAGGACAUUUCAGCUUUAAGAUGAAUGCUUAAUUCAGAAAUAUCUGUUGUUUUUUUUUUAAAGAAUUUUGACUAAUAGGUUUAUAUGCCUGAAUCUCCAAAAUGAGAAAAAAGAAAAUGUAUUUAGUAAUCAAAGUCUAUCAUGUGAGAUUUUUUCAGAGCCCAGUUUUACAUUUUUAUUUUAAAACUUUUUAAAUUACUCUGCAUUUGGACCCACUGAGAUUACACCACUGAGAGUACUGUGCUAUUCAAAUGACAGUUAUUUCCAUGGUUUCUUGCCUUAUGAUUGUUGUGUUGUGUGGCAUGCCAAAAUACUCCAUAGUAGAAUGAGACUGAGGAGUUCACAAGAAAAUGAAAUAGUUUAUUAUCCAUUUUUAGGAUCUAGAUUAUCCAGAGUUUAUAAGAUUGUAUCACUAAAUCAAAUAUCAUUUAUAACAUAUUUAUCAGCUGAUAAAUAACUUUUUUAUCAUGCAGUAACAUGCUAUGUUUUUAUCAGUUGUAAGAGAGAAAAUGUAGACCAACUUGAUUUUAGAAAUUAAUUUCAUUUAGUUCACAAAGAAUCAAAUGCACACUUUUCAGUAAAGGGCAUAUAUCAUCAUUUUUCUUUUUUUAAUACGUUUUUCGUCUUUUUAUUUUUAUUUUUUUUUUACAUACUUCUCGAUCGUAAAGUAUAUAAAAAGCAUAAAAGAAAAAAAGAGAAUGCAGCAGAAAGUUGCUAAAUGUGAUGGCGUUAUGUUUUAGAUAGCAAUAGCAAGACAAUAGUUGUGAUAUCAAAGUCUCCAGGUCCGAUUUGAGUUCAUCAAGUGAAGAUCAGGAGGAGGAAGUCAGGGAAACUGUUGUCUGAGAGCUGUUGUUUGAAUACUUAGCAAACUGGCACCCUGCAGAGAUAUUUAUAGUGAUCAAUCUCAAGCCUAGUCUGCCUGUAGUGUAGACCAGGGGCAAAUUACCGAUUGUGACAAUAACUCUAAUUUAUAACACAACAAUUCUGGCAGCAUUCAGAAAGAUAAUGUCUGCUCUGGUUCUGACCUGCAUUGUUACCAUGCAUAGACAUGCAUCAGUUCAUUUUUCCGGACAACUGUGUGAGAUGGUGGUUAAAAAGUCUAACUUUUCUUCACAUAAUCUCUGUUAAAACGUUACUCAAAGGAUGCUCUCUGUCCUCUCAUUCAAUCUCUGCAGGCCUGUCUGCCAUUAGUUUCCCUUCAACAAUGUGUUUUCCACCCCUAAAAAAUGUAUGCUACACCAGUGGUUGAUGUGAGAGAAGUUAAAAUACUGACAUACAAUCAGACUACAGCUGCAGUGUAGGGACUUUUGUCCCUUCUGCUUAGUAAAGGAGGGAAAACAAACAAUUGCAACAGAAGUUAAUUUUGUGGCUAAACAUACAGGAAGAUUGUAGAAAGCAUUUUUGCAGAGGUUUUGUACUGAUAGAACACACAUAAAGAAAAUUGCUGUUAAAAAUAGCAUAUUCUUUCUUAAUAAUCUAUGCUCCAUCUCAAUGGUCUGGCUGUUUACUCCCUGCUAACGCUAGCCGUCUUAGCUGUGGGCAUGAACUGUGUUGUGUUCCCUCAGGUUUGUCCUUUAAAUCCAAGAUUUAAAUAGUUUUAUAAGCACAGGUGCAAAAAGUGUUUCCAGCAGAGAGACCGCUAUUGUGGGCGAGGAGCAAUUUGUUCUCCACUUAUUUACCUUCACAGAGCUCAUCAGUUAACUGGAUAGAAGAACUUGAAUGCUAUGUUGUAGUGCCUUUCCAAUUUUAGUUAGUUUGACUCAAAAGGUUAUUUUUGUUUAGAAAAUUGUGUUUUAAAAUUACUCAUUCACUUUGAAAAACAUCAGAAAUGCUGACAGUGAUUUAUGUUUCCUACUUUAAUAAUUUUUAGGUUUUCAUUCUCUAAAAUAUGAUGAUAUAUGCCUUUUUUUUAAGUUUUGUGCCUAGGGUGACCCAAAACUGUACAUGUACUGCACAACAAUGAAGCACAGCUGCUGCUGCUUGUGGAGAUAUAUUAUGUGUGUGCAUCAUUAUUAUUAUGUUCAUACUGCACAACAAUGAAGCACAGCUGCUGCUGCUCUAUUUUUCAGCACAAAGAUGCACAUUCCCUUUGCUUUCCAACACACCCACUGUUCUGGAAACAUCUGUCUGAAGCACACGGUUCUGUCAGGCACAGCAGGUGUAGCACAGCGUCUCAACAUGAACAAUCAGAGGUUUAUCAUGCUCAACUUCUGCAACAAGUUUCAAUUUUAGCUCUCAGAAGUCACCAUUAUGGGAAUUACAGUAAAGACACAAAACAUUUAAAUCAAGUCAAAUGUUGCCUUAAAAGCUGAUAGGUUACAGUUAAAACAUCUAGUAACUUCUAUUAUAUACCAAUCAUAAUUAAUAGCUGUUGCUUGAUAGACUUUCUCCACAGAUAUUAGUUCUUUUCUAGUAUUUCCUUAAACAUUUACAUUAGUUACUGGCAUAUAGCUCCUGUCUAGUGUUAACGGAAACCAAACGCUAAUGUUAGCUGUGUUAGCUCCUGAAUGCUAGCUAGCUAGCUAGCUAACUAAUGUCAGCUUUGCAUGUCCGUUUCAAAUGUAGCUGACAAAGUUAUGCUGCCGAACCAUUCUAAAUUAGAUUUAUAAAAUCAAACAAAAUAUAUUUAAACACACGAAAUAUCACAUAAACAAUGAAACUGAGAUUAUAUUGUUUUUAGGUUACAGUUAUGUUCUACCUAUAUUCUACCCCUGGCAAAAAAAAAAAAAGCAAUCAUCCAACAGUGUUGACUGCUUUUUUUUUUUUUUUGCUUUUUUGUGUUGAUUGCUUAUUGUCAGUUGUUUAACUUUUGAACAUUCUGGCCUAGUAAAACCCACCUCUAGACUAUUAUCUUCUGCUUAUACAAGAUCGGAUCUUAGUGGCAUCGAGACAUCCCUCGAUCCACACAGACCCUCUCCAGGUAAUUCUGGGGGGUCCCAAGACAGUCCUAGGCCAGAAGGGAUGUAUUGACCCUACAGCAUAUCUGAAUCCUGGGUAAGCUGAGGAGGAGCCUGCUAGCAGGCUAGCAGCACCUGUUUGACUCUGUCUUCAGGGGAUUUGAAGGAGGUAUGGCCAUGCUAGGCUCAUGUCAAGGCUACAGCCCUAUCACAUCCACACCAGUCUGAAAUUACAAGUAGCCAAAGUCACCAAAAUGCAUCUUAGGUGGACAAAGUAUUAUGGCAAGAAGCUGGAACAAACAAUCCAUGCUGUCCUCCCUUGCACAUGGAGAUGCUCUCCAAGUUGGGGAGAUGCAUCUACACCUCCAAAUUGCACAUAUCAACCUUUUUUCCUUCACAUCAAGACUGAAACUGCUGGUGGAAGACCAAAAGCCUUCCAAAUAUAUUUAGAGAAAUUUGGCAAAUUGUGAGGAGCCAUCCUAGUGCAGUUUUUUUUGGCAGGACUUAUACUAUGUUGUCCAUGAUUUUAUUGGUGUAAGUGUAAUCUAACGCUUUAUAUGAAUAGUGCUAUUCAAUUUGUUAAAAAAAUAAUUUAAUAGAAUUAAUGCAGACAAUACAUUGCAAGACUUAGAGGUGAAUGCAGCAGCUUUAAGCCUACAUAUCAAUUUAAGGUGCAGUAGGGGAAACUUUAAGGUUGUGAUUGAGUGUUUUUCGCCAGGCAAAUAUCAAAAACGUGUCUCUGUCAUUUAAAAUGCAUUUAAUUUUUCUAACAUUUUUAAAGACAUUACUCAAAGGUGCCAAUUCUUACUGUUAAUUUGUCUGGUAUGAUUAAUUGAAGCUUUAUUGUUGAAGGUGCUUCUUCUCUCUGCCCGGCCUGUGUUCUAUAACUGUCCUUUCAGCGGCACAGAUUGCUGCAAGGUGAGUGGCCCAAGCUCUCAGACAGUUUUGCUUGCUUAUGUCAUGUGAAGGUCCCCCCUCUCCUCAGGAUCAAGGACCUAAGUGCCACAGUCAACAACGCAUUCUCUGAUUGAUGCUCCUCAUUUCUCAAUAAACAUGUUUCCUGUGUUAA